UAGACACACAGUCAUGAAGCGAAAUUCAGUCGAGCGUUGAACAACUCUGCGUUUGCACGUACAUAUUUAUAAAGGCUUUUUUUUAGUGGCGGAACAACACAGUUACGUACAUAUAAAAGCAUGGAUUUCUAUUACCUACCUGGUUCUGCGCCUUGUCGUGCCGUUCUUCUGACUGCUCAUUGCAUUGGCCUUGAAUUGAAUAAAAUAAUUGUGGAUCUAAGAGCCGGUGAACACUUAAAGCCCGAAUACCUGAAGAUCAAUCCGCAGCACACAAUUCCAACACUCGUGGACAAUGACCUUACGCUGUGGGAGUCACGCGCGAUUAUGAUCUAUUUGGUGGAGCAAUACGCCAAAACCGACUCGCUCUACUCCGAAUGCCCCGAAACGCGUGCGCUGAUCAAUCAACGUUUGUACUUUGACUUGAAUCUUAAUAUGAUUUUUGGCAAAUAUUUUUAUGUGCCCAUCAAGACGAAGACUCCAUUCGAUCCGGAAGAACUGAAGAAUUUGGAGACACAAUUGGAUCUCUUGAAUACUUUAUUGGCUGGCAAUAAUUUUGCUGUUGGCAGCACGCUCACACUGGCCGACCUAUCACUUUUGGCUACGAUCAGCACUUUGGAUAUUGCACAAUUGGCAAAAGGUGCCAAUAUCGAUUUAAAAAAGUAUGCGAAUAUUAAAAAAUGGUACGACAACAUGAAAGCAGUUGCGCCGGGCUACAAAGAGAACUAUGAAGGUUGUUUGGAGUUUAAAAAAUUAUUUGAUGGUGAAUAAAUAUGGCUUGACAUUGCUUUUAUUGCAUAACUUUUAUAAAGUUUCUCAGUAUUUCCUAAAUAAAUAUAAUAAAAUACAAGUGUAAAUAAAUCAUGCGAGUGAUUGAAACGA